GAGACUACUCCUCCGUCAAUGGCCGACAACGUAUCCAUUAAUACCUAGGCAUCUUCCAUUUUACAUGCUGCUAGUGAAGUCACCUCGGAUUACCCUGGCAUUCCAAAAAAAAUAUGCCAGCAAUACACGCUGACGAUGAUUUCAUAGUUGCCCUUUUACCAGUUCCUAAAAGGCCGGGUACGCAUUUGUGAGCAGCAACAUUGAGAGUGUCAUUGUUACUUAACAUCAGGUGAGCCUCUUGUCCUUUUCUUUAUUUAUUUAGCAGGAAUCAAACCGGCUGGCGGCUCAUCUGAUGUUAAGUGAUGGACAUGCCCAUGGACACUUUAGAACACGGCCUUUUAGAAAUUCGUACGCUAAUAUUAUUCAAAUUGUAAUCUUAUCUCUAAACUGACCUUGGAGAUAAUAAAUUUUUUCUCAAGACUUAAUUAAUUAUAUUUCAUUUAUCGUGACCUCGUUGUUUACGUUUGAUACGAUUAUCAAAUAACAGAUCCCUUAGCACAAUAAAAUCAUUAUUCUUUGCGGAACUUCACAGUUACAACAUAUUUACAAACAAAUAUAGUUAAGUGCGAAAACAUGUGGCUUGAAAUAGGUAUAACUUUGGUAUAUUUAUUACUAGCAAUUUUAUUUGGAUACGCUGUAGUAAUAAUAAUUUUUAAAAUUCUAAUCGAACCAGAACCAGUAAUGUGCAAUUGUAAAACUAGACUAGAAGGUAAAACUGUUCUGGUGACCGGCGGAAAUUCAGGCAUCGGCUUCGAAACAGCAAAAAAUCUAGCCCAGCGUGGUGCAAGGGUCAUCAUAGCCGAUGUUACGAACGCUGAAAAGUCAGUCGAAGAAAUCAUCAGAUUCACGGGCAACGGAAAAGUAGAAUACCGACAUUUGAAUCUCGCUAACUUCAAAAGCAUUAAAGCUUUUGCUGAAGACAUUAAUAAAACAAUAGACCAUUUGGAUAUUUUGGUUAAUAACGCUGGAUGUUUGAUGGAUAACAAAGCUACAGAAGAUGGAAUAAAUAUGAUAAUGCAAGUUAAUUACUUGGGACCGUAUCUGCUAACUAAACUGAUUUUAGCAAAACUUAUCCCAACGCAAAGCCGUAUAGUGAACGUAUCAUCUGGGAUGUAUUUCUUUGGUGAAUUAGACUUGCAAGAUCUAGCAGGAUUGAAACGGAAGAAUUUUUUCAAAUCAUACGUCAAUAGCAAACUCUGUACUGUUCUGUGGACGAAGGCGUUGGCCAAGACCCUGCCCAAAAAUGUGUCAGUGUUCUGUCUACACCCAGGCUUGGUGGCAACAAAUAUUGUUGGUUUUCUAAAAAGGCCAAUAGGUACAUUUAUUAAGAAAUGCUCAAACGGGAUAGUGAGAAAUCCGUAUAAAGGUGCUCAAACGAGUAUUCACCUUUGUGUGGCUCCGAAUAUAGAAGCAUUGUCUGGAAGUUAUUUUUCGAAUUGUAAAGUGGCAACUACGACCAAAAUUAUAAAUGAUACUAAUAUAGAUGGUUUGUGGAAUAAAACUGCUCUCUUUUUUAACGAAAAAUUAAUUAAUAAGUGAAUAAUUAAUAUAUGAUUACUGGAAAAUGUAAAUACUAACACAAUAGUUUUAAAUCAACGUAAUGUUAGAUUAACAUUAUAUAAUAAAAGUCUUAUAUUUCA